GCCGACACAAGAUGGAAGAGGGCAACAGCUGCAGGAGAACAAUGUUUUGGCAGUAAACGCUGAAAGAACUGUGUGUUUGGGGUUCAUUCAGACGUUAAGAGUCGGACGUGGACAUGCACGGUGUACCUCAUCUUUUGAGCUGAAUGACCGUUGCCCUCUUGAACCAACCAUGAGUAUUAUCCAGGACAAGCUAGGCAACGAGUUUCUGCGCAACGGCAGCAUGGACCCCAACUUUGCCCCCAGCAUGAUCAUGUUCAGCCAUUUACCUCCGGUCACCAGCUUCACGCGGCUCACCUCACAGCCGAUGGUGACUGAUUUGCCACAAGAGAUGGUCCUGAAGAAGGAGAGGGAUUCUCCGGAGCAUGGUGGUGGCUUUCUGCACAGCAUGGGCAUAAAGCAGGAGAAGCUCAAUGAGCUCGACUACCGCAUCCCACUGUAUGGGACAGGCCCAGGGACAGGGGGAGGCAAGAGUUCAGACAUGCUGGACAUUUCCCUUGGAAGCCACCAGAACAUGCUUUUGCAUGAUGUCAACAUCAGCAGUCAACUUCCUGGAAGACUAGGGAAAGACCCAAAAGACUCCACACACAGAAAAGGACGGCGGGCAAAUGGGGAGGGAACAGAGGGCAGAGGCAGAAGGAAGCGGGGGGAUUCCACAAAGUCAAUGAUGCUGGAUGGGGAGGGAGGACCUCUUUCUCCCAGCUCCAAACCGCACAUAUGUGAACACUGCAAUGCCGCCUUCCGCAGCUCCUACCACCUGCGCAGACAUGUGCUCAUCCACACAGGUGAGAGGCCUUUUAGGUGCAGUCAGUGUAAUAUGAGCUUCAUCCAGAAGUACCUGCUGCAGCGACACGAAAAGAUCCAUAGUGGGGAAAAGCCAUUCAGCUGUGACCAGUGUAACAUGCGCUUCAUUCAGAAAUACCAUAUGGAGCGACACAAGAGGACACACAGUGGAGAAAAGCCAUAUAAAUGUGAUACUUGCCAACAGUAUUUCUCUCGUACUGAUCGUUUACUGAAGCACAAGAGAACCUGUGGAGAAGCCAUAAAGAAGGGUCUAGACCCAGGGAUGCUAGACCUCGGAGAUGAAGACCUGGGACAUGGCAGCUACCUACACACUCAGGGAAAUGCACCACCACGCAAGAGAGGCAAGUCCAAGAACAGUGGGGAGGGUGGAGAGCGGCGGAGGAAAAAGACAGCUUCAGGGGCGGGCCAAAUGGUUGGCAUGCAAGACUAUGCCAUAGACAUGGCCACCGGCUCUGGGGCAUCCUCUUCAGGGGUGGGGAACAUGGCAGACACCAGCAUGGCAAACCAGCAUGUUCGCACUCCCAAGCUUGCCUUUAAGAAAGGUGGACGCAAGGGUGGGGACAAGAGCUUGCUCUCGAUGGGUGAGGCUGGCUCAAGCUCAGCUCUACAAGAGCAGAAACUGUUACCUCCUAAAUCCAAUCCAAUGGAUCUGCCUGGAGGUAUGGAUGGUCUAGGUCUUCUCCAGAGUUCUUCGGAGUCAAAGCAAAGUGGCACAAGCAGCAACUACGACGAUGCCAUGCAGUUUUUGAAGAAAAGAAGAUACUUGCAUGCGGCGAAUAGUGGUGGUGGUGACUACAGUUCGGUCCACCUUCCUCCUCAGCAGACGGUUAUCCAGGGCGGCAUUGGUGAACCCACACUGGCGUUACUGGACACUUCACCUUUGGUCAGUGUUGACAAGCACGAUAAGUCAGGCAUCCCAGAUGAGGUACUGCAGAGCCUGCUGGAUCACUACUCCCAUAAAAGUGAUGUGACUUUUGACCUCUCUGAACCACACCAUGUGGAGCUGCAUGCUGCUUCAGCAACACCUGAGCUUGUUGCAGACGAAAGCUCUUCAAACGGCUCAGGCGACAAGAACGGCGUCAUGAACGAGUAUUCUAAGUUUCUGCUGCAGACACUGGAGAGGACAAGCCAUGGCAGUAGUGGCGUUUUUACAUUCUUCCCAGAGAAGCACAUGUAUUCUACAUCUCCUCUGGAGUGUACCUUCAGCCAGUCUGUCUCUUCCCCCCAUGGUCCCUCAUCCGCUUCUGUGCUACCAAAGUCCCACUUCAGCAUGCUGGUGGGCUCCCAGUCUCCUGCUCACAACUCGCCUUCCUCCCAGCAGGCCUUUCACCUGAGUGCCCUGGAGCCCUCUGCCCACCAGCAGCUGACGCCAUCUCAAGAGCUCACUGAGCAGUUGGAUACCCAGGAGCUUGAUAACGGCAGCGGGCAGAAGGAGCAGCAGGUAAAGAACUGCAACGUCACCAGUGCAAACACCACCAGCAGCGGCUCAACCUCUGUCUACUCAUUAUCUUCCCCGCCUGAUCUGACGGCCCUGGAACCAUCCAAGGAGGUGGACAUGCGGCCCACGUUUCAGAUCGAGAACUUCGCUCAGGCAUUCGGCUCCCAGUUCAAAUCCGAGCGCCGGACCCCGCUGGCGUACAGCUCUGACCCCCAGAUUGUCGUCGUCGAAGUUGACCCCCGAAUAUCGCGGACUCCCGUGUCGGAAUUCUCAGGGUAUACCAGUCUGUUAGCUGAAGUUAAUGAGCCAGCUAGCUCAGGAACCAAAACCCCCACGAGCCAAAGCUACAGGUAAAGGUUUUGGUAGCCAGCCUAACCCUGCAGUUUGGGACAAGGACGUUCCCCAGUGCCCUCAACCCCAAUUCCCCCUUUUUUAAAGCAAGAUAAAAUAUUAAUUAUUACACUGCCAUUAAUUGUUAAUACUCUACCAGGGAAGGUCUACCCGACCUCAAAUGCAAUUUUUUUGAUAUUCUUCUUUUUUAAUAUGUAUUUUAGUUCCUCGUUUUAUUAGUGUAGUCAUUUCUGUGAUUAGAGGGUAGGUAAUGACUGGCUUGACUUUUCAUAAACCCUGUGUUUUUAGCAAUCAGGAUAGAAUUGUAAAAUAGAUGAAGAUGAUCUAUAGUAAUAACUAUUGUCAGGGUGUGGCCCAGUAUUCAGUGGCAGAAAAUGUCGGCCUAUUGUCUGUUACAAUAAUUGAAAGUAUUACUCAGGAAAAAGCAUUUUUUUUAAACAAUUAGGUGCAACUAGCACUGCUUUUUUUUUUUUUUUUUCUUUUUUUCUCUUUUUUCUUUUCUUUUUUUUUUUUUUUUUUUUAAGAAAAAACAAGUAUAGUUUAAAACUACAGUGAAUCUUGUUUUCUGAAAUUCCUUGAGGAAAAAAAAAUCUAAUCCACACUCAGUCUACCUGUUCAGCUGAUCACACUGGUCAAUCUUUCCACUACUUGUACAUAUGCAGAGAUUAUGGUACUUUGUCAAUGUGAAACACUUUGCUAACUUUAAUCACUAAAGGACAGACAGAAAACAUGGCUGCGAACGUAAAAGCACACGCACGGUCCCAUCCAAAUACUCACGGACAUCUGUGUGUGCGCACGUAAUUCUUAAGUAGCGUCUUUACAGCUACUGAAAUAUGGCCUCAGGGUUUGUCAUACACAGGCUGAUUUAUACUUCUGCAUCUGCGAAUCUGUGAACGUGUGUAAGUGUCUUAUAAAACCUUCCGCUUACUUGUCUGUUACUACAGUAGAGGGCAGUGUUGCAUGUAGCAAACCAGAACGUUCUGAACUCCACUCAAAGAGUAGAGUCUCACACUUCACUGUACAAGAGGUGAUGGUUAGGAGCAGGAAAGUAUUGGAUGCGGUUAAGAAGAGUUUUUAUAUUGUACUUGAUCAUUAAUGGCAAUAUUCUGCUGAAAUGUGUCUUGCAUUGCCUGCAGUUCAUUCAUUCAAUAAAAACUCUGGAAAUUUGCACCAGGUUUUUUUUUUUGCCCUCUCUCUCUCAUAUAUAUGUAUAUAUAUUUCUCUAAUAUUGUAAAACGAAGAGCUUUUAAGAGCUUCCGCAAGUCGAUCCUCAAUCUGCUUCUUUUUGCUCGUGUGUUAGUUCUGGUCUGAGUGUAGCACUGUUUGGGUUUCCUCCCAACCCCGGCAUUAGAAUAUACACUUUCCUGCUCGGCCAAUCGGUGUCAUAAACAACAGACUGUCAUGAGACAUAAUAGUGUAUAGCUCUGCUUACCCAUGACCUAGUUCACCUUGUCUUAAUGCUUUGCAGAAGUAUAAAUCGGCCAUAAAUCAUACCCGGUUGUUAAAUGUGUCGGCUCUCGUCCCUUUUAAUUCUCAAGGAAUCAUAUUAGCACUUUUACCACUGAAGACAAAAACUGUUGGAUUACAAAUACAUACAUGCUUUUGUUCAGAGGAAAGCUGUGAUUUUUUUUUUUUUUUUUGUUUUUGUUUUUUGUUUAAGGAAAUGGGUGUUUAUUGCUAGGGGCAUUUUUUUUAAAUAUAUAGCGGGAUGGGAGGGUUAUUAGCAUGAUUUGUUUUAGUAAUGCUAUCGACAUGGAUGCCAUACCGAUUUUUGUGCUGUGGAGCCUUGGGUGUAAGUACAGGGCCUCUUUGUAUUCAAAGUGUAUUUAAGUAUUAAGUUGAUUUUCUUUUCUUUCUUUAAGUGAAUAGCUGCAUUUGGAAUUCUACCUCUCAAAUUACAAAUUUGAUGCCUAAUGGACAAAAAUGCAAACUUCCCUUUCAAGGUCUUGCUUGGAGAACCAUCCAAGAUGUGGACUUUUAAACUCAUGCAAAUCUGAAUUUUUGGACCUGAACCUGUUUUUAAUAUUUUUUUUUUUUCCCUUAUUCGCCAUGAAAUCAGGAAUCACACAGCCUUGAGGAGUCUUGUGAACCUGUUCACCAUUUCCCCCAUCCCACCCACAAAUGCAAUCUUUGCUGUGCCCGUGAAUGGAGCAGGAAGACUCCUGUGUCUUCCUUCCAUGUCUCCUGCUCCUAUCCAGCAUGAACGGGACCCAGCUAUUGGCCUCAGUCCUUUCACAGAGAACUGCUGAUUCUGCACUAGUCUCGGGGCUCAAAACCUAAAUGCUGCACUCCAAACUUGUCCCAUACUUAAAAGAAAAUGGAAAAAAAAAAGUGGCAAAAAGAACACAAUUGACCUUAAUAUACCUCAUAUCACUGUAUACACGACAAAACCAGGGACGUGUUUCAUGUAGCCUAUAUAGUGGUAAUAAUGUAGUGUACAUCAGCCAUAUUGUAGAACCUUAUAAUGCCACCUGUGUUUACGAUUAUCAUUCAUGUUGGUCUGUUGAACUAUUUUUUUUUUUUGUUUUUUGUGUCUUUUGAGCAAUUUUGCCAAGCAGUGUUUCCUUGUAGAUCUCUUUCCCCUUUAGGAUUUCUUAAAUUUGUUUCAUGUUUUUUUCCCCUCGUUUUGUUACUUGCCAUGUGUUUUGGUAUGAUCUUUAGAAAGAUUUUGUUUACAGUAAUGUACAAAACACUAAAAAUGUGUUUUCUUUCCUGUUUGAUUUUGUUGUCUGAUGCAUGAUAUGAAGUUUUUUUUUUUUUUUUUUUUUGUAUGGCUUUUUUCUGAUCACAAUUGCACCAAAUUUCUUUUGUAGCAGAUAUGUCCUCAUCUUCAAGCUUUUUUUGUGACUCUACAGGGCUGAACAUGUCAGAUGACUUUAUAUAUGAUUA